AUGGCGGCGUGCUUACCUUUAGGGUUGAAGUCACCCUCAACUUUCACAUGUUUAAGGCUUUUAACAGACAAAUAUUCCUCCAAAAAGCUGCUACGAUUCGUGACCGAGCAGUGCCGACGAGGGUACACAGUAACAGCAGAGCCUGUAGCAGAGGAGAGCCCCAGGUUUAGCGGGCCUCUGGAUCACUACAACGGUCUGAUCAGAGACGGGACACUUCGCGAGGACGAACACCAGAGGGCGGUGUUAGAGACACUGGAGCAGCUCCAUAAGAAACUCAGAGGCUACAGCAACACGCCUACGUCUAUAUUCUCCAAGUUUUUCACCAAACCCAAACCUCCCAAAGGUUACUACAUCUAUGGUGAUGUGGGCACAGGAAAAACAAUGGUGAUGGACAUGUUUUAUUCUUAUGUUGAGACCGAAAAGAAAAAGAGGGUCCAUUUCCACGGAUUUAUGUUGGAUGUGCAUAAAAGGAUUCACAGAUUAAAACAGAGCAUGCCCAAAAGAAAAGCAGGAAAAAUGGCCAAAUCGUACGACCCCAUCGCUCCAGUGGCCGAGGAGAUCAGUGAGGAGGCCUGUCUGCUCUGCUUUGAUGAGUUUCAGGUGACAGACAUCGCAGACGCCAUGAUCCUGAAGCAGCUGUUUGAAAACCUGUUCCUUCACGGUGUGGUCGUCGUGGCAACUUCAAAUCGUCCCCCAGAAGAUUUGUAUAAAAACGGUCUUCAGAGGGUGAACUUUGUGCCUUUUAUUGGUGUUUUACAGAAAUAUUGCCAAACCCUUCGAUUAGACUCUGGGAUCGACUAUAGGAAAAGAAACAGGCCAUUGGCGGAGAAACUCUACUUCCUCUCCAGUGAACCAGACGCAGAGGCUACUUUAGACAAGUUGUUUGACGAGCUCGCCUUUAAACAGAACGACAUAACUCGCCCGAGGAUCCUGAACGUGCACAACAGAAAAGUGCAUCUGAGUAAAGCGUGUGGGACCAUUGCAGACUGUACUUUUGAGGAGCUGUGUGACAGACCUUUAGGAGCGAGUGACUACCUGGAGAUGUCUCGUCUGUUUGACACAGUCUUCAUUCGACACAUUCCUCUAUUAACAUUAAACAAGAAAACUCAGGCCCGACGCCUCAUCACUCUGGUGGACACACUCUAUGACCACAAGGUUCGAGUUGUGAUCUUGGCCGAUUAUCCACUGGAGGAGAUCUUUGUUCAUGACGGGGACCACAGCCACGAUGAGAGCCACAUACUGAUGGACGAUUUGGGACUAAAGAGGGAUGAAGCCAGUAGUCUGUCCAUCUUCAGUGGAGAGGAGGAGAUGUUUGCCUUUCAGAGAACCGUGUCUCGACUCACGGAGAUGCAGACGGAGGAGUACUGGAACGAAGGGGACCGCACUUCAAAACUAUAACGUUUGGACCAGUUCAAUAUGUAACACUAAAGACUGCAGUCUAAAAACACAUUUCAGCUCUAAAUCUGCUACAAACUUAUGCUGUUCCAUCAAAACAAACCUAAAACCUCCGAACAGAACUGAACUGAACUUAAGUGAACGGGACGCAAAGCAAAAACUGUACACAAGUAUUUAUUAUUAUGGUUUUAAUGCCUUGGGUUUUAAAAUGCACUUUAGAUUUUUAACAUGUAAAAAAAACAAAACACAUCUGUUAGUUACAAGGGGUUACAGACGCACAAUGUAACUUUUUUGGUCAGGAUCUGUCUCAACAUCUCAACGUUGCAAACAGGAAGUGAUCAUGGGCGCAGCUCCAUUGACUUUGGCUCCAAUUCACUUUAUUGAAAAACUGUGGCCCCUCUCUCUUUAACUGCUGCUGUCAGACUUAUCAUUUUGGUCUGAAAAUGUUCGUAUUAACCCGCUCUACAUGAUCCUAGUGUUUUUAUUUCACUAUUUUGUCUGUAAUUCAAGAUAUGAACAUUAAUAACAGACAAAUCAGGCGCCUUCUUUCCCUGAGGUCGCUCCUGCUAAUGUUAGCAACAGAUUUGAUUGACAGUGUUGCUAAGCACCCACUCCCUACUAAACCAGGAGUGCAGGUGGGAAGGGGCGUUACCUUCAACAGCCUUGCUCCGGUUUGGCUCUUUGGUUGCCCUGAUAAUCGCGGUCUGAAUUCCAAAUAUGGAACUCGGCUCCAGAUUUGCCACUAUAACUGCUCUAGCCUCGAUGAGCUUCAUUUGACUGAAGCUGAACACUCCAAACGCUCCACUUCUUUAUACAGUCUGUGGUACCGCCUCUUCAUAAAUCUGAUCUGUAACUUGACCUUCUGUUGUCACCUGCUUGUCUCCGUGGAAAGUUUAAUGAUACAUUUUGAAGCAUUGUCGGCCGACAAUAACAUCUCCAUGGAGACACGGCAGCCGACAGAUCCUUCACCUGAAAAGUUACAUAGUGCACCUGUAAAAUUC